AGGGUGGGGGGAAGUGAGAGAUUUUUCUCUCUCUUUUCCCUUUUCUGAGUUUUUUGAACUCAGCUCAUCAAUCCGCUAAUUACCGAGGGGAAAAGGAGCCAGCUUUGAAUGUGCUCUACUCCGCACGUAUUUCCCCAGUGAACUCCUAUUUGGGAGAAGUAGGAACGAGGGGAGAACAAGGAGGAGAAAGGGGAUCUUUUCUGGUGAAGGUUAUUUGAUAAUUUCUCCCAGUAUGUUUUAUAGCAACAAAAAGCAAAUUCCCACCCCCACCAUCGACGAUUCCAACCCCCCCCCUUGUGCCCACCCCUCUCUUUCCGGGACUUCUGCAUAUUUACAGAGCUGAGCUGCAGUUUUAAUAAAACAUCUGUUCUUGCUUCUGCUGAUGAGUUUCCAUAAUUGUUUUCAGACAAAUUUAACGGGGAAAAAUAAAUAUGGAGAGAAAAAAACUCAAAAUCCCAGCUCUCCCCCCAUCGACAGGUUUUCUUUUGCCAGAAAAUUAGAAAUGGAAUAGGAAAAAAGAAAAAUCAGAUUGGAGAGAACAUCCACUCAGGCCAAACCGUCUCCGUCUCUCGGAGUGAAUCCCUCCAGCAAAAUUCAGCGGUGUAAUUAGAGAUGUAAUUGGAAGGGAGAGAUUCGGUCCCUCAGGAAGCCAAGGUGAGGGAGGUAUGGGCUUUUAAAUUAAUAUUCCUUCGAGUGUUUAGUGGUUAGGAAUUUAUUUGUAUUUAUUUAAAUUUUUUCCUUUCUCUAGCCCCCUUCCAACAUUUCUGCCUCUCUCUACUACCCCCCCUCCCCGCCCCAGCAGCUGCUUUCUGUUCAUUAUAAAUCCACCAGACCUUUAAGUCUUUGCCCUCUGUUUAGGGAUGUAAUAAAACACUUAACUUUCCACGACUGAGACUUACAUUCUUAUCGCCCAGGUCUUCCACCCCUGCCGGCCAGCACCUAGGGCCCAAAGAGUCUUCUUUACUAAGCAGAGAUUCCCCCACACCCUCUUUAGACCUGGGUGAAGUCUAGAGUUGGGUGGGGUGGGGGCUGGGCAUCCGGGCUGGGAGGUUCACCUCGGAACUCCCCCAGAAGCCCUUUCAAGGUUCGAGGAUUUCCUCCCCCGCCCCCAUCCAUAAAAGGAGAAGAUUUUUAAAAAAUACAUUAAAAAAAUCAAGACUCAUUGAAAACGAAACCUCAUUAAAACAUCCAAUCUUAUAUCAUUCAAUUUGUUGUACAUUGCAACAAUUUAAUAUCUUGAAGGAAAUAUCAUUGACAUGAUUUAUCUCGGUUAGCAAUCACUCUCUGGAAUGGGGAAGAAUUUACUCUCUCUUCCGGCCACUUCUACUUGUUACACCGCUGUUCUUCAAGCAGAAGGGAGGAGGGGGCUCACUAAAGUGUGGCCCUACAUUCUAGGGGUUCGAAGAUCUGUCUCCUGCCUCAUCACUAGUCCCCCCCCGCCCCGCCCUUUCCUACCCUACAGGAGCCUGGAGACCCAGCCAGCUGUUGCACACUACUGCUUAGGCAUGCCAUGAAUUCGAGGGCAGCUGGAUACUAGAGAGAGGAACACAAUACACGCGUGUGUGCUGGUGUGUUAUUAAAAAUUAGAUAACACGUGUCAAAAUUUCUUUCUUAAUUUAUAAUCCCUCCCCUACCUCCUCCUUUCUCUUCCACCUCUGUGGAGAGAAAGCAGGAAGGCCACAAGGACAUUCCCAAACAAUUGAAGAGUUCCCCCCCACACACACCUUCUAAAUACUAGUCAAUCGUCUGUCACUACUAUUUGGAAUGGGAAUGCAUUUUUUUUUAAUAGGCAACCCAAGUUACUUCACAGGAAAACACGUCAAUCGAGUAACGAGGUAUAUAUGUUAACUAACAUAUUCUCUCCUUUAGCUACUACACACUGUCUCCUUUUUGGUUACAAACUUUAUUUUUUUCCCCCAGCGACACUCCAGGGAAACCUUAAUGUUAUAGAAGAUGAAUUAACGAGUUUUUUUUUUUUCCCAGUGUAGUCCCGUUUAUGGCUUUAUUGCUACCCAUUGAUUACUUCGCUUUGUUACACAGAAGGAAAAGAUCAUAAAAUCCUUCGACAUCCGGGUUCUCGUUAUAGCCAAAAAGAGGGAGAAAAAUAUGAGCUCUUUCCUCCAACCCACCCCCUGCCUCAGCGCCCUCCCCCCCCUUGUCAAAUCAAAGGAUCUCUGGGUUAUGUCGCCGACAUUGAAUUAAGUUUGAUUUCAACAGAAGAGAAACCCCAUCACGACACCUUCCUCUAUGUAUGUUCUCCCACUCCUGUUCCUUCUGAAGCUUUCAACUCCCUUCUUUUCCUUCCUCUGACCAAUGCAGUAAGUUGGAAAGAAAAUAGGGGGAUAGAUGAGGGAUGAAGGUUAUUGGGAAGGUUCCUGGGUCCAAGCGACACGUUUUUCUGGGUUUGAGGAGAGGAACAUUUUCUACUGGGUUGUGUUCCAAACCCUGGAAGCUAGAGUUUGGGGGCUUAUCUACUGACAAGCAGCAAGUCCAGAGUGGGACUUAGAGCUUCAGGUUUGGGGACAGAGUACCCUUAAUCCCAACAGAUCUUAUAUUCUCCAAGAACAAUCUUCCUAGCUGAUUUUCGGUGAGUUACCCCACCAGCCCCAACCCUCUCCAUAUCAUAAAUUCUCUCCAACAUAAACACAGUUGAUGUCUCCAGAAUGCCCCUCAGAAAGAGCUCUCUCUCUCUCCCUCCCUCUCUCUCUCUCUCUCUCUCUCUCUCUCUCUCUCUCUCUCUCUCUCUCUCUCUCUCUCUCUCCUUUUCUUUUCUUUUCUAAAAAAAAAACCCAAACAACCCUACAAACAAAUUUUUCACUGUUAGGAAAAAUGCUCUCCAUAGUCCCAACAGGAGACCCCAAGAGAAGACUGGGGAAGCAGAGAAGAGGCACACGCCAGCUCCCCGUUACCCCAACUCAGCUCUAUAACUUCUCACUCUCCCUGUAAAGUCGAGAGUUCUCCUAGUCUCUUACUUGGGCUUUGAAUUGCUCUCCCAAAUGCACUCCACAGCUAAGAUUAUCAGCCCCACUCUCCUUCCACUGGCCAGUGUAUUUAAUAGAAUUCUUUUCUACCCCUGAGGUGUUUUUGCUUUUUAAUCAAUAGGAAGACACAUCGUAUUCUGUCUGAGCCUCCAUUCAGAGGGAACGGAAAAAUAGGGUUGGGUGCUUUAGUGUUGCCUGUUACCCACUGAAGGGCUCUUCCUGGAGUUGGGCAGGGAUAAUUUUAGGGAAAGAGGUGCGACCCUACAUAUAACACAAUCAGGUAGCAAUGCAUCCAUUUCUUCAGGCCAGUUCCUGGGCAAAUCUAAUCUGGGUUAGCACUGGAUGUGGGAUUUUCCUGAGAGGACUUUCUCCCUCUCUAGCUGGCUCAAGGGCCUGCCUUGCCCCUCCUCCCUCUUCCUCUGUUCCCCAAACCUGGUUUCCUAUACCAAUAUAUAUUAUGUAUGAAUAUAAUAUGUAUUAAAAGAAAUCCAAGUCUUACUUUGAAUGCACACACUUAGUCUCAACUAGGGAAUCAACAGAAGCAGGAGCGAUUUUUUUCCCCCUUCUUGACAUCUAGCUUCCGAUUGGCUCCGAGGGGGUCAGCUGACUUUGUCAUUUUGUCUGUCCUGGAUUGGAGCCGUCCCUAUAACCAUCUAGUUCCGAGUACAAACUGGAGACAGAAAUAAAUAUUAAAGAAAUCAUAGCCCGACCAGGUAAAGGCGAAGGGAUGAAUUCCUAUUUCACUAACCCGUCCUUAUCGUGCCAUCUCGCCGGGGGUCAAGACGUUCUCCCCAACGUCGCCCUCAAUUCCACCGCCUAUGAUCCAGUGAGACAUUUCUCGACCUAUGGAGCGGCGGUGGCACAGAACCGGAUCUACUCGUCUCCCUUUUAUUCGCCACAAGAGAAUGUCGUGUUCAGUUCGAGCCGGGGGCCGUAUGACUAUGGAUCUAAUUCCUUUUACCAGGAAAAAGACAUGCUCUCAAAUUGCAGGCAGAACACCUUAGCACACAACACACAGACCUCAAUGGCCCAGGACUUUAGCUCUGAGCAAAGCAGGACUGCUCCCCAAGACCAGAAAACCAGUAUCCAGAUCUACCCCUGGAUGCAGCGAAUGAAUUCGCACAGUGGGGUCGGCUAUGGGGCGGACAGGAGACGCGGCCGGCAGAUCUACUCUCGAUACCAGACCUUGGAGCUGGAAAAAGAAUUUCACUUCAACCGUUACCUAACCCGGCGCCGGCGGAUCGAGAUUGCCAAUGCGCUCUGCCUGACCGAGAGACAGAUCAAAAUUUGGUUCCAGAACCGCCGAAUGAAAUGGAAAAAGGAAUCUAAUCUCACUUCCACGCUGUCGGGGGGCGGCGGAGGGGCCGCGGCCGACAGCCUAGGCGGCAAGGAGGAGAAGCGGGAAGAGACAGAAGAAGAAAAACAGAAAGAGUGAAAACUGUCUCGCCUCCCCCCUACCUUCCCCCACUACCCAGUUCACUCCUCUCCUCUUCCUCCCCAGACCUUCUGCUCCCCUCCUUUCUCACAUACCCUAU